AUGAAUGAUUUUCUCGAUUGCCAGGCGAUUUUUGUUAUGUUAAGAUUUAUGGUUCAAUUAAGCUCCGAUUUUCUUGUGAUCAUCUCUUCGGUUUUCUAUAUUUGUAUAUUUAUAAGUGUUCGGAAGUUUAUCAAUCUUCCAUCAACAGUUUUCAAAACUCGCCCGGAAAAAGUGAUACUUUAUCAAACUUUGCUCCUUAUAGCUGUAAAAUUAUUAAGCGCGCCUACAGUUUUUCUUGAAGUCAUAUACAACGACUAUGACAAUGACCCACUAGUGUUUUUCAUCGGAAAGGUUCAAAGUUUUCUUAGAAUUUGUCCUCCACGAAUCGCACCUUUUUCAGAUUUAUGAUCGAGUAUUUGAAAUUGAUUCGGUAACAACACCCGUCAUUUCUCAACUCGCUUAUAUUUUCUGCAACAAAACGCAUCUGGAAUAUGUGAUGAAAAUGAAUUUCGGAAAAUUGCGAACUUGGUUGAUUGUUUGUUGUGGAGCGUCUUCGAAUAGUGUGAAUUAUGAGCAAGAAGUUGAGAAUUUGGGAGUUGCGUCAGGAACAACUCAACGUCAAUCGCAAAUUUGA